AUGUCAACAGCAGCGAUGUCUUUUGCCAGUGUUUACAAUUUCAUUAAUUCCUGUCAAGAUUCCUCAUCCGCCAAAGAAGAACCAACUCAAUUCAUUUCAAAGUUUUUGCUGGAGAAUAAAUCUUUGAUAGUUAAUCCAUCUUCUUUUAUUCAAGUGAAUGACAGCAAGGUGCCACCAGAAGGCUCCUUCGUGCUUCGGGGAAUCACUUAUAAAGUCACUCAGAAAAACUGCGAAGACUCAAAAAAGCUUUCUUCACUUUUGAAUAUUAGUAGUGAAGAAUGUCUUCGAAUCAUUGCGCAAGUAAAUCAAAGGAUAACUGCCUUGAAAAACCGAGAAAUAUUCUAUGCUCAGCAAAUUUUACAGGAGAGGAAUAGCACGAUAGAUAUAGCGCUGCUACUGAUCAACAAAGGCACAGAUUGUCCUGAUAUCGACCAAGAGUUUUUAACCAUCUUGUUCAAGGAGAAAAAUAAAAUUUUAACGGAUUUGAUAGGCAUUCUAAGAGAAUUAUCAUUGGAAACAAGGAUAACAGCAGAAGAAUCAUACAGCGAUCAGGACGCGGAGCUGAAUAGCCUGAAAAAAUCAUAUGAUUUACUUUACAUGAACAAAAUCCUAGAAUUGAUUUCGGUUUUGAUAAUAGACUCCAAAACACCUAGUGAACUUAUCAUUAUGUGGUUCAACCUCUUGAAAGAUACGAACUACUUAUCAAACUUUAUGACUCUGAAUAAUGUAUCUGACGAGACAUGCCAAAGAUUGGAAGCCCUGACGACAAUCGAUACAAUAUUAUUUUUAGGAUUUGAAGUCUCCAACUCCACAAUUAAUGUCGAAGCUCCAUAUUUCAAAGAUUCGAAAUGCUUCAAGUUAAUCAACAAAACUUUGAUCGAACUUCCCAACAAUCCUGUCAUCAUGUAUUACUGGUCAUUCGUCCUAUCGUUAAAGUCUUACCUUUUGGAGGAACAGCCCGAGGAAAACGUGGACUUCGUCAGAAGCGUUUUCGGAAGCACAUCAAUUUCUCAAAUCAUCUCGCUUCUUGUUUCGAAAGCAGAGGGUUUUGGAGUCUUCACUUCAUUAGUGCAUAUAUCUCAGGCUCUAAAUACAGAUAAGGUUUGGUCUGUCAUUCUUUCCUCCCUCUUGACGUUGUCAUUGAGCUUCCUCUCGAUCACUGAAGUAACUGCAGAAACCAUCAAGCAAAUCCUGAUAGAAACUCCUCGCAACUUUGUCGAGAAUUUCUUGAGCAAUGAAGAAUUUGAGAAGAAGCUUGUGAUACUACGAGCCAAGUUGCCACUGAUCCAUGAAUCUCUCAUACCAAUGCUGAAAUUGACAGCUGUCCAUUCUGACUUUGCCCAUUUCGAAUGGAAGGAGCUGAAUACAUAUGCCAAGGAAUUAAAGCUCUCUGAAAUCACUUAUGAUUUAGCAGCUGACGAUGGAUUUGGACCUGACAGUUCGGAUCUUAUCGUUUUAAAAAAAGAACUACUGAUCAACCCCCCAAUGGAAUUUGACAGAAAUAUUCUACUUCCAAUCCCCAAAAAUACUAAGGGAAAAAUCGUCCCAACCUCUUCUUCCACUCAGGAUGCUGUAAUAUUCAUGUAUAAUUACAAUGGAUGGUCAUUACUAGGUCGCAUACUGCAGAAUAUUUGUGACACAUAUACUGAAUUCGAUGAUCCCGAAAAACGAGAAGAAAAGACCAACGUAGCGGUUGCAAUCAUUGAUCUGAUUUCAAAUACGAUUGGAGGCGAUACACCUAUUGAAAGGUCGACGGAAAUAUUGCAGCAUCUUUCGGGAUAUGUAGAAGACGGUGAUAUCAUAAGUGUUUUAUUUAAAACAUUUGAACAAGCACUCCAUUCAAGGGACAUGAAUGUCCUCUGCGCAGGUUUGAAUUUAAUGGUUCAGAUAACUCCUAACUUCCCUCACUUCGUGUGGUCGCAUCUUGCACGGUCCGACUUAAUUGAUAGAAAUGGUAAGGAAGGACUCGCUGUAACCAUUUUGGGCAAUACGGAGUUGAGCACUGGAGAGUAUAAAUUUAGCAUUUUAUUGGUGAAAUUAGUUGACAGGUUGGUUACCGAAUCACUCUCUUUGGACACCAAUUUUCCUGAUAGGAUUAAAUCAGAGAUACUUGGUGGCUUAGUGGCACAUUUAAUCCACAUCUAUGAAAGCUUUCAGUACUGGAAGUACGCAAAAGAGACUCAACGAAUUGAAUUGGGGCUGCAACUCACUUUACUCUUCAGCAAAGUUCUGUACGCUGUGUACGGCAUUGAUCCAGAUUCGUUACCCAAAGACAAGGUAACCAAAGUCCUAGCGGAAUCUGCAGAGCAUAUAAUACUAGGGUUUCUCGGUUCGCAGUCUCCUGAUAUUCGUGCUGUCAACUCCAUUCUUAAUAUCCUGACUGCUUCUAACAUCACUGACAAAAGUCCCAGCCGUCAUAUACCUUGUGAAUCAAAUCAUGCCAUUUUAAUUACUGAAAGUUUCGAACUUGUCAGCCUGCUCAUAGCCGUAAGAUCUCUUCUUCAACUGGCACCCUCGACUCUAGAAAAACUUAUAUUCACUAAUGCUAGUUGCUUUGUGGGUAUCUACACCAGCCGAUAUGAUUUGAGAAGUCCAGUAAUAAAGCUUUUCACAUACUUGGUCCAAGCACCAUGGGAUAAAGAUCUGCCAUCACUACUUUCGUAUCUGGGACAUGAACAUGCUAGCAUUUUAUUGGAAAGCAUAGCGUUUGAUUUGCAAGCACCAUUGAUGGACCAUAAGCUUUUAAAGAGUUUAUACAACUUCUUUUCUGCUGUGAUGGAAGGUAAACAAGAUGGUCUUUCGAUCCUUUUCUUGACUGGUGAAGUCGCUUCUUUCGAGAAAGACGCUGAUGCUAAAGGAACGUCCCAAACGUUUUCCUGUUCGAUUUUGGAAAUUUUGAAAAAGAAUGCGCUGAAGCUAGACACUUUACCAGAAUCUGUCGGUGCGCAUUUACUUGAUGCGAUUGCUUAUGCCUUUAACACUUGGACCGCUGCCCGAAACCAUGAGAUUGACAAUGAGUUUAUAUUUGCUUUGAUAAAGAGGCUGGAAAGCUUUAAGCCCCAAAAGCUUAGUGCCAAUAACUCAACUGACGACUUCGCUAAGCUCUCUAAUGAAUACAAAUUGAUUUCUCGCAUUACUGAAAUUUUAGCAUUAUCAAUUUUCACUUCCCCCACAAAGAAUGCGAAGAUAUUCGAACUUCUUAACAGAAAUGAUUUAGCUGCAAUGGUAAACCCAUUUUUUUCGAUAGAGGGAUACAAUAAAAUUCUUCAUGAAAAUCUUCAAAAAAAUUUUGAAGCCAAAUGGCCGAAGCUCAAACUUGAGAGAUUCACCACUUCUCUGUUGUUAAGAUCCAGUAAGCCACAUCAAGCGAGCUUGUACGAUAUUUCAUUGAUGGAUCAGUUUUUCGACAAUGAUGAAAAGUGGUUUGGAACUAAGGCAGUAAAAGGUUAUAGGGAUGAAGUCAUAGCGGCUUCGAUAAACGUUCAAUUUGUUAAUAACCAAAUCUUGGCUGCCAAGUCGUGGGGUGCUCUUCUGACAUCUUAUGUUAAAAAAAGUCCAGUUGCUUUACAAAUGUCAUUCAUUGAUAUUUUAGAGAAUUUGUUACAAAUUAAUGUCAAAAGUGGAAUAGAAGCUCCAUUAUUCACGGAUGUCUAUUUAGAGCGUCUAGAGCUUUGCUUUUACAUUUUGUAUUCAUUCAUGAAAACUUCGAAUCCAAUCCCAGAAAAUCGAUUAGUGGCACUUCUUCUUCAUUUGAUGGAUAUUAUCAAAUCUAAAGAAAUGAAAUUUCUAUCAUGUAUUUUGCAGUCCGGGAAUAAUAACUAUUACAGGCCCGUGAUCAGGUCAAUCUUGAUCCUGCUCAGUUUAACGAAGUCUAAAACAAAGCUUGUUGAAUCAAUUUCCGAUCAAAUACUUGAGUUUUUCGAGCUAGUUUUCUCAAAGGGUGUUAACCUAAUAAUAUCAGAAUUGCUUUCAGAAAUUAAUACAUCUUCUUCGAAUGGAAAAACUCCCAUCAUUGCCAACAUCGCCGAUAGAAUCCAAGAUCUUUUCUUGCUUCUCUCUCUAUUUACAAAGAUCAAAGAGCUAAAGCCUCCCAGCAACUUCAACAUGGUAUUAGCGUCAUCUUUAAAUGAAGUUGGCACUUUAAAAGUACUGUUGAAUCUAUAUUCCAGCUCUCAUCUAUUCAACUUCAACGAAGAACCAAUUUUCUCUGAUAUAUCACUAACGUUUUUGUCCGAACUCUGUUCUGUAGAUCGCGUUGCUGAAAAGUUAAUUACCAAUGGUUUGUUUUCGGUCAUAUUAGAAAGCCCUGUUUCAGUUGCAAUCCAACGAGGCAAUGUAAAGCCCCAUAUACAACCACGGUUGCAUAAUAUAUGGAGCAAUGGCCUUCUUUCCAUUAUACUCCAGCUCCUCAGUAAAUUUGGCUCCAAAAUACUACCAGAGUGUUGCUUAUUUGUCUCUUAUUUUUCUAAACAGUUUGAGUGUGCGAUUAGCACUUGGUCCAGUCCUUCAUUGGCAGUUUCAAAUGCAGUAAUACAAGAAACUUCGCAAAUAAUAUUUCUUCAACAAAUGUUCAGCGUGACUGAUUAUCAGAAUUAUCUAACAGACUCUAACAUCCGAACUAAGAUUGUUGAUGAUACAGAAGUGAUAGAAUUAUUUCAUGGGCUGGACACUACUACAGAAAAAAUGGAGUUAAGUGCUGCCUUCAACCACUUACUAACUCAUCCAAAAUAUUUAAGCUCAAGAAUUGUACCCACCACCUUGGAGGAGCAGAGGCUGUUAGAAGAUGACGAAUCGCGUCUUAUUUUCGUCAAAAAAAUUAUUAACGAGAUUAGAACGCUGCAAAAAUCAUUAUCCGCUGAUUAUUGA